AUGGCUGUCAUCCCUUCACAAGUUCUGCGCCCUCGUGGUGACGAUAAAGACAACUCAGGUCGAACUUUCUCCAUCAUCUUUGCCGUCAUUGCCUUUCUCGUUGUCCUUGGUUGUGUGAUCUGGGGCAUUGUGCUCCCCAAAUAUCGAAAGAGACGCGGCACUCAUCGCCUAGGUCGAUACACAGUGACACCGAAUUAUCCAGCGUUCAGUCCUCCUCCUCGAUUCCCCAGCCAUCCUGCCCUGUUGCGUGGCUUUCGAAAGCCGUCCGAAACUGCCGUGCAACGAUACGAUCCGAGGAUCGAAAGCCCUUUCUCAAACAGUCCGGCACAGUCGCAUACCACCCAUCGUCCUCCCCAAGUUGGCUCGGUCAACACCACCGGCCAUACUUAUGGGUUGUCCGUUCCCUCCCAAUGCUGGCUUUCAACAAGGAAUCACACCCAAACCAUAUGGCAAGGCAACUUGCAAUCAGCAAGACAAGGUGCAGGAGGUGACCCCCGAAACUUCACCACAUUCAGAGGGAAGCAUGAUUACAUACUGCCAGUUCCGGAACCUGUUGUCUUGAAACCAAGGCCGGCAGGGAGACCACCGCCACUGACGAAGCAACUCGAGCGGUUUCCCUUCCCUGUGAGCUCCGUCGGCCACAAAGGAGGGCUCGUUCAUCCUGCCAAGAUCUUUCAAGAGUUGGAACUGCGAAAGUCGGACUCAACUACAGACACCUUCGGAACUCCUUCCCCAGCCCCACAACAUAGCAGUCAGCCGACUGCUGUAGAAAUGUCAGUGAUGGGGCCACCCGCCAAAUGCCGGACUCUUACUGCAGACCUCCGGCGCGAAUUGCACAAAUCUGUGGAAUGCAAGAAACACCAUGUGCAACAGGUUGGCUCGUCGUCAGUCGCGAGUGUCCCGUCCAAGAACUGCGAUGUGGCACGAACACCGAAGACGAGGCAUGUACGCAAGCAGGAGAGACUGGAAAGAAUGGGGACGUUGACAAGACCAAAGACUCCCGUGGCUGAGAUACGGGAUUGGUUCGAUCGAGCGGCGAGCACUGCAAACAAGGAGAAAGAUUCAUCCAAGGCUUACACGCCUUCCACUAAUCCUUUCACAACGCCCGGAAUGACAUCGACGCCACCGACUUCGCCAACACAGUCUGCAAAGAAGUUACAGGCUCCAGCUACUCCGUCGCGGCCACAAGGUACCGCUCCUUUCAUGAAUGUGCCAUCACACAGCCACCGGAGAACACCUAGCUCGGUGAUCCUCCCAUCCCCCGGAAAGCUCAACACGUUGCAGCUCGCAGGUCCAAGGCCAAAAAUGCACGCGGCAGCCAAAGGUUCUCCUGCUAAGAUGUUCAAACGGCGAUCAAAUUCUGCGCGUGCUAAACUCGUGUCAUGGUCCCAGCUGCGACCCAGCAAGCGAAUCUCGCGGCGUUACUCUUCUUCCUCGCUUUCAACGAUCUUCAAGCCGAUUCUUGCCACGAGGAGCAAGCACAGCCAGGGCACGUCGAGUAUAUAUAGCCGUGACGUGAGAGAGCUGAGUUUCACGGGAGGAGCAGAUCGCCAAGGAGGAGACGCCGAGAGCAAUGAGAGAGUUGUAUCAGGACUACCAUCAGGAAAGGGCACUCACUUGCUCCACAAGCCAUCAGCAUCCAUUGAUCAUCUGAAGUCCAAGAUUGAUAACUGGGAUCUUCACACCGGCGAUCUGGAUGUGACCAUGAUGCCCCGCUCAGCGGUCAAACGAUCGGUUUCGGAUUCUGGGCUCCGUCGUUCGAUCGCCCGCAACGAAGGACGUCCUGCAAGCAGGCAGGGAGCUGGCAGGUUGGCUUAUGAAGGACCGGGUAGAUCCAUCCCGCUCAUUCAGGUUGGACGAUCCAGCGACGACGUUUUCGGCAUUGAAGCAGACGGCUUCCAACCGCACGAGGCGACAAAAUUGAUGAAGAGAGUUGGACAUUUCGAGAGAGCACCAAUCAUUCUUGGUGGGUUGGGUCCUGGCACAGCACCCGGUGGUGGAGAAUGGCUCUGA